CGCGAAUUUUCGAGAUCGAUUUCGACCCGUACGACAACUCCCAGCGCCAGCCCGCGAGACGACGACAAGAUGGUCCUCGCAAAGAAGCACGUCCCCAUCGUCAAGAAGCGCACCAAGCGUUUCUGGCGCCACCAGUCCGACCGCUUCAAGUGCGUGCCGGAGUCAUGGCGCAAGCCCAAGGGUAUCGACAACCGCGUCCGUAGACGCUUCCGUGGCAACAUCCCCAUGCCCUCCAUCGGCUACGGAUCCAACAAGAAGACCAAGCACAUGAUGCCCUCCGGCCACAAGGCUUUCCUCGUCCACAACCCCAAGGACGUUGAGCUCCUGUUGAUGCACAACCGCACCUACGCCGCUGAGAUCGCCAGCGCCGUCUCCUCCCGCAAGCGCGUCGACAUCAUCGCCAAGGCCAAGGCUCUCGGCGUCAAGGUCACCAACCCCAAGGGCCGCGUCACCACCGAGGCUUAAAUGGAUAUGGAAUGAAUGUAAAGAAAGCCCAAGAAAUUUCAUCAUUUUCAUUUUCAUUUUUCAUUAAAACUCUUUUUCCACUUUAUACCAACCAAAUGGGAAAACCAACCACUUUCGGGGGACAAUUAAAAAGCAAACAACAGACAACUACUACUACUACGUGGUGGUUGUUUGUUAAUUUGUGAUCUUGGGGACUUGCGGAGCCUUGAAUCAUCGCAUCUUCUCUCUAAU